UUCCUGUGCAGGAAGGCAAAAAUGCUCGGAGAUUUAAAAAGCUAUAUGCUGACAAGGCAGAUGUGUUAGUACCAGAUAUCUUUUGGGAUUACACAAGUACAAAGGUUCUGACAAUGGAAUGGGUAGAUGGCAUCAAACUUAACCAACAGGAAGCCAUUGAGAAACAGGGUUUGAAGCUAUUGGAGUUGGUGAAUACAGGUAUUCAAUGUAGCCUAAGACAACUGCUUGAAUAUGGCUACUUUCAUGCAGAUCCUCAUCCUGGUAAUCUUCUAGCAACUCCAGAGGGAAAACUCGCUUUCCUUGAUUUUGGGAUGAUGAGUGAGACGCCAGAACAAGCUAGAUAUGCUAUCAUUGGUCAUGUUGUUCACUUGGUUAAUCGAGACUACGAAGCCAUGGCUCGAGAUUACUAUGAAUUGGAUUUUCUAUCUCCUGAUGUCGAUGUUUCUCCCAUUGUGCCGGCUCUUAGAAACUUUUUUGAUGAUGUUCUUAAUGCUACUGUUAGCGAACUCAAUUUCAAAACCCUUGUUGACGGCUUGGGUGCUGUUUUAUAUGAUUAUCCAUUCAAUGUUCCAGCUUACUAUGCAUUAAUAUUGAGAUCACUUACAGUGCUUGAAGGUCUAGCUCUUUAUGCUGAUCCUAAUUUUAAGGUCAUUGCUGCUUCAUAUCCAUAUUUUGCUAAAAGGCUUCUUACUGAUCCAAAUCCUUACCUCAGAGACGCCCUAAUUGAGUUGCUAUUCAAAGAUAGAAGAUUCAGGUAA